AUGGCUUUCUCCCAGUCCACAGGCCCCACCACCACUACUACUACUACAACUACAUCUCCUCCUACCCUCACCUCUUCUUCGCAACUUUCCCUCCCCUCCGCCGACCUCCCCCCUUCCCAGCAACAGCAGCAGCAGCAGCAGCCUCAGCAACAACAACUGCAACAGCCUCCACCGCAGCAUCCGUCUGCUCUCGUGGAUUCGCCUGCUCUCCGCACCCCUCUUCCCACUGGGGACGCCGCCCUUGCCGGCUUCACCAUACCCGAUCUCACGCUGUCAAACCCCCAGCACACCUAUAACGACAAGCAACCGCAAUCCGCGCUACCUACGAGCCCCCCGAAACUCAACCGUACCAGCCUGUUCGCCUUGGCUCGCGACAAGACCUCGAGCGCCAUUGCUAUCCUCUCUGAGCCUGCGCUGCGUCCACGAGGGUCGUCGGGUGGUCUAUAUCGAUCAGGCCAGAGCAACUCCCCUCCGCCCCCUCACAGUAGGAAUAGCGACUUCAACGACCUGUUCGCAACCCUAGUCGUCAGCCUGCCCCUGGCACCACACCGUGUACGAUUGACCAGAAUAGAACACUCCUUCCUAUCAGAGGAAGCUAUCAACAACUUGGGAUCUUUGAAGUUCUCUCAAUCCAACCGGAUGCCAGACCCCAAGGAUCCCUCGCGGAUUGUCACCACAACGACGACUACCACCUUCUCUAUGGCUCGUGAGAUGGCCCGAUCUGUAUGUCAGCGCUUCGUGGACGCCAGAUUCAUCGAGUCAGCGGAUGGCAAACAGCAAAGGGAGUUCACAAUGAAAGGCACGGUGUGGCACCUGACUCCCAAAGGUAUCUACGUGCUGGAAAGAUUCUGCGCCAAGAAUGGGAUCCAGCAGAGGCACGUCGCCGAACUUGUCAACUCCCCGCGGAAUACGAUGCAGCUCGUCAUUCUCGAGAGAGACUCAACGACGGAUAAGCUCUCUUCAGACCGCGGCACGAUCGAGGUCAUCUUUCGCAGAUUCGUGGGCCAGAACGGUCCGAACGUCAAGGUGAGCACGAGCUCCGCCGACUCCGACUCUCUGAGCGAAUACAAGGACGGCAUCGCCGGUGUGAGGAUGGCAAGUGAGCGGAAGGUUGGAACGCCUCCACGGACCGUCUACCAAACCUUCACGGGUAAGGCGGCCACGGAUUGGUUGAUGGAUUGUUGUACCACGGUGGACCGGAGGGAGACGACUGAGAUCGCAUCUUUAUUCCUGGAACAUGAAUUGAUCUGGUGUGUUCAGUCAGAUCGGUCUUAUCUUCCACAGUCUGCACCAGGUGCACCGGAGGAUAAAGAGAGGAGUAUGAAGUUCCAGCCGUCGAAGCUUGCGAUCUACCAGCUAUCGCAGAAAGGCAAGGACGUCAUCAACAUGACCUCGAGGGAACGUAUAUCGGAGAGUGAUGGCGCUUCGACAUCCCCUAGUCGGGGCCCGGUCUGUCGCGAUUCUAAUACUCAGAAGCUGGAGAGGAUCUUGAGCGAUCCGGCCCUUCGAUUGCUCUUUAGGGAGAAUCUACGAGACACGCAUUGCGAGGAAAACCUGUCUUUCUAUCUCGACGUUGAGGAAUUUCUCAAGUCCUGCAAGGCUGCUCUCAAGUCGACUUCCCCCUCUCGGAAUGCCAGCCCAGGAGGUUAUAAUCUCGAAGCCGUCAAGGAGACCAUGGCUUCAGCCUACGGUAUAUAUAAUGCCUUCCUGGCCCCUGGUUCGCCCUGCGAACUCAACAUCGACCACACGCUUCGGAAUCAGCUUGCAACACGGAUGACCAAGGCUGUAGGGAAGGAUGCCGCCAUGAUUGAGAGUCUGAGAGAAGUGACCAAGCUCUUCGAGGAGGCGAAGACUUCGGUGUUCAAGCUCAUGGCGAGUGAUUCUGUGCCCAAAUUCAUGAAAAGCCCCAAGAUCGAGCAGACUUUCAAGUCUAUAGAGUUCGACUCGUACCAUGCAUCUCAUGCAUCUCGGCCCAGCACCAACAGUGCACGCGAGCGCAGCAUGAGCAGAUCCAACACAUCCAACAGAUGA